AUGGGACGCAUCCUGGUCUGCCUCUUGGGCACACUUGCUCUUCUUCAUGGCGUACAAGCCAUCGGACAAGAUACAUGCGUCACAUUCACCGCCUCUAGGGGCGCGUUCGCCGUCGUGAACAGCCGACGGGUUGCUCCAAUCCUCAUCGCUGAAGACGAAUGGCCAGGCGUCCAGCUCGCGGCAAACGACUUCGCUGCCGACAUCCAGCGUGUCACAUCCGUCAGACCCAGUCUGACCAACUAUACUGCCUCAGCCAGACCCUCGACACCUCCGAUCAUCGUUGGCACGCUCGGGAAGUCGUCAUUGAUCAGCCAGGUCGUGAACAACACGCAGCUGGACGUAUCGUCGAUUGAAGGGAAGUGGGAGGCCUUCACGGCAAAGGUUGUGCAGAACCCGCUGCCUGGCGUCGCCAGCGCGUAUGUCAUCAUUGGAGCGGACAAACGAGGGACUAUCUAUGCGCUAUACGACCAUUCAGAACAAUUUGGCGUCUCCCCUUGGUACUGGUGGGCAGACGUCCCAACCACGACCCGGCAAAACAUAUUCCUCAUACCUUCUGGAUGCUCGCACGGCGAACCCUCCGUCAAGUACCGCGGCAUCUUCCUGAAUGACGAGCAGCCUGCCCUCCAGAACUGGGCCAUGGAGAAGUUCACGAAUGGCACCGGGUCUCCGUUCUUGAAUAGCCCGUUCAAUCGGUAUUUCUACGUCAAGAUGUUCGAGCUUAUCCUCAGAUUGAAGGGAAACUACCUCUGGCCCGCUAUGUGGGGCAGCGCGUUCUGUGUUGAUGAUCCGCUCAACCAGUUCCUCGCGGACCGGUACGGCGUCGUGAUGGGCACCAGCCACCAGGAGCCAUUUAUGCGCUCAACGCCCAACGAAUUCAACUCAAGCAGGGGCAAAUGGGACUACACGACGAACACGGCCAACAUCAACCAAUACUGGCUCGAGGGUGCGGAGAGGGCGAAGCCGUUCGAGUCAAUCUAUACGAUGGGUAUGAGAGGUUUCGGAGAUCUGCCUCUUUCGGAAGAAACGAACAUCAUGCUCCUCGAGAGCGUUAUUGCGAACCAGACGCAGAUCUUGCAGGGUAUGUAUGGUGUCCAAGACGUUUCGGCGAUCCCGCAGGUUUGGACGCUCUAUAAAGAAGUGGAGGGCUAUUAUGACGGGGGCAUGCGGGUUCCUGAUUACAUCACUCUGCUUUGGGCGGACGACAACUGGGGCAACAUUCGCCGAUUCCCCACCCCUGAUGAACGCGACCGAUCAGGAGGAGCGGGGAUCUACUAUCAUUUCGACUACGUCGGCGAUCCGCGUAACUACAAGUGGAUAACGACCACGCAGCUCGAGAAGGUGUACCAGCAAAUGUCAAUUGCGAUCGAGCGCAAAGCCGACCGUCUCUGGAUCGUCAACGUCGGCGACUUCAAGCCGUACGAGCGCAAAACCGAGUUCUUCCUCUCGUACGGCUGGAACGCCACUCGUUGGACGCACGCCAACAUCAACAGCUUCGUCACGCAGUGGGCCGCGCGAGAGUUUGACUUGACCCCGGAAAGGGCAGAGGUGGUGACGGGCCUCGUGGCGAACUUGACAAGGUUCAACGCGAGGAGGAAGCACGAGUCGUUGAAUUCGACGACGUAUAGUUUGGUUAAUUAUCGGGAAGCAGAGAACGUUCUUGCAGACUGGGCGAGGUUAGAGGCUGCGUCGACGAGUAUUUAUAACAGCCUUUCGUCCGCGAUGAAGCCCGCCUUCUUCCAGCUUGUGCACCACCCUAUAAUUGCAAGCAACAACGUCGCUAAACUCUUAAUUAACGCAGGAAAAAAUAAUCUGCAUGCAUCACAAGCUAGGUACAGCACCAACCAGCUUGCUGAUAGCGUCGAGGAAUUCUUCGAGAAAGACUAUGACAUUGAAGUGCAGUACCACUCGCUGCUCGAUGGUAAAUGGAACCAUAUGAUGGACCAAACCCAUCUUGGCUACUAUUAUUGGCAGCAACCAAUGAUUAAUACUAUGCCCGCGGUCAACCGCGUUUCGAGCAGGAAGCAGGCGCUGGCUGGUGCCAUGAGAAUCGUCCCUGAAGGCAAUUUGGGAGCAUGGCCAGGAGAUAACGCAAAUCAGUGUGCGCAGGGAUACAAUUGCGGUCCGCCAACAGUCACAAUUGACAACUUCUCCCCCAUCGCCGACCGAUACUUCGACGUGGGCGCUGGCGGCCCCGCUCCUUUCACCUUCACCGCUACAUCAAAUGUGACUUGGCUCAAGCUCACCCCAGCCAGAGGGUCUAUUUCUCCGAAGGCUCCUGAACAGCGUGUAUUCGCCAGCAUAUCGGAUUGGAGCCAGCUGGCAGCUGGCUCCAACUUCGCCCAGAUCACGUUCACCGCCACCGCUUCUGAGCAGCCAACACUUUCUGUGCCUGCCAUGUUCGUGGCCAUCAAGAAUUCUCCGUCCAGCGGAUUUAAAGGGUUCGUCGAGGGCACCGGCGUAAUUUCGAUCGAAGCAGCACAUGUCUCUCGGAAGACGAUUGUUCAGGAUAUCUCUUGGACGGAAUUACCGGGACUGGGACGGACCGUAUCUGCCGUCACUCCUCUUCCUGUGACCGAUACUGCCUUCGAGGCAGGAGCCGGGCCUCUUUUGGAGUACGAUUUCUAUAACUUCAACACGCUCCAAGGGAGGGGCAACGUCACCGUCAUCGUCUAUAUGACGCCUACCUUCAACUUCAAUGAAAGAACUCGCCCACUUACCUUCUCUGUACAAAUUGAUUCCUUUCCCGCAGUCAAGGUGCAACCCAUCGCUAUGCAAGCUCCCGGAGACCUGCCUGCGGGAUGGGGUGGCCCGGAUGGGUAUGUCGCGAACUCCAUCAUCACCACCUCGACCACGUUCACCGGAGUAUCGACUGGAGCGCACACGCUGAAGAUUGGCGCUAUGGAAGCCGGAGUUGCGAUUCAAAAGAUAGUUAUCAACACAGGAGGUCUUCAACGCAGCUAUCUCGGCCCACCAGAGAGUAUUUCGGUCUAA